AUGAGUGUCCUCCAUAAAGAUGCGCAGGUCGCUGGUGGAUCAGACGAUAAAGUGUAUUACUUGAAUUUCACCACCUCCACCUUCAUGAAACGCCAGAAGCCUCUUACCGAGAGAGCCGUUAGCAUGACGGGGAAACCUAUCGAAAACCCAUGGUUCAAAGAACGCUUUCAAAACGAAGCCGCUGCACUACAACUACUCAGAAGCCAAGCGAAGAUUCCAGUACCUGGCUUAAGAUCAUGGAAGGAGGACAGCGAAGGAUUGCUGUUCCUUGAGACGGAUCAUGUUCGGGGAGUCCAACUCGAAAGGGCUGGGGAUGAGUGA